AAAAGCACAAUGGAAGAAGUCAAUCCAAAGCAGGCCAAGGCAGAUAUUCCACCCCGUAUUGAGCCAUAUAUGGCGCCAGUGAAUGGAAUUGUACAGCCACCGGUUGUACCGCCUCCCAAUCGGCCAGGACGCAGAACCAAUGUCCUGGAGGAUCUGAAAGUGCUACUGAAUUACAUAUGGAGAAUUCGUUGGUCUUAUCAUUUUCGUAAGCCAGUCGAUACUAUUACUUUGGGCAUUCCAGACUAUCAUGCAAUAAUCAAAUAUCCCAUGGACCUGGCUACCAUCAAGAAGAGGCUGAACAAUAAUUACUAUUGGCAGGCCGACGAGGCGUUGGAAGACUUUGAAUUGAUAUUUGAGAAUUGUAUGCUAUAUAAUAUGGAGGGUACCCCGGUUUAUUCGGCUGGCAAGGAAUUGAGGGCAGCAUUCUAUACUCGCCUCGCCUCCAUCGAUAUGAGAAAUGAGGUGGAAGUUAUACCUAAGCCGGAUAAGCGUAAGCGUAAAACGAUAGAAUGCUGUUCACCAAUUCCACAACCAGUAAAAGCAAGCAAACACUCGGAACCGCCAACCCAUGUAAUAGCAGCGCCAUCACCAAAGAAAGAAGUAGUAGUUGAGCCCAUACCCCCGCCUCCACCUCCCGUCGUGAAGGUUAUAUCGACCACGUGCUACAAGAAUCUGGAUCGCCUCAUUGAGAAGAGUCACUGCAACCAUUUGCUCAAGUCGAUGAUCAAACGAAAGCGUCGCCAAUACACUUGGGCCUUCAAUUGCGCUGAAUCUUGGCGUCGUUACUGUCAAAAUCCCAAUUAUAAUCACGAUACGAAGGAAAUGAUCGAUUGGCGGAUUCUUCAGAGACGUCUCUAUAACGAUGAAUUUGAUAACAUUGAUAUUUUCGUUUAUACGGUGCGGAAAAUGUUUCACAAUGCAGUUCGCUGUUUUCCAGAUGAUCAUCUUGUGAAAACCUCUGUAAAGAAGACGAAUGAAAUUUUUGAGAACCGUCUAUUAAAGUACAGGGAAUUAAUUGCUAAUGCUAAACGCAGAGCCCGGGAAAUUGUCAGUAAGCUGAAUACCGAGGAUGAAGAAAACGCGAACUCAUCUAAUGAUCCAGUAGAGCCGAAGGCAAAGGAGCAAGAGAAUCGUGACUGGAGCACCAUCGGGGGUAUCUCAAAGAGUCUUCCAAGCGAUACUCAAUUGUGGCCUGAAUACUCAGAAAAAAUAAAGAGAAACAAGGAGCAAGCUCACGGAAACCGAGUCCAAAAUUGAAAGGGAUGAUUCCACUAUUGGGAAGCAUAACCUCGAUUGAAUGAAUUUGUUGCGACAGUCUUAAAGAAGAAAUAAAGCAAAUCAUCAUCAA